AUGAACCAUGUUGCUGUUGCCCUGCGGAUUCUCAACGAUGACGUUAAUUUCAUGAUAAAAAUGGUCAGAGAGAAGUAUACAUCUCCUAUAUUCGGCUCCGUUGGCGAGCACCUCGUAUAUUUACGGAGAGUGGAUACCUUAAAAAGCUUAUGUGCGUCCCUCGAGGAUGAGAAAGUGUCUGAGGGGGAGAACAUGGAUGUGUAUCUCCUGAAGCAGGAGAGCGAUGACCGGAUAGUUAAGAAGAACGGUGCUAUGAGCGAGUUUAUAGCGUCUUUUUUACCACUUUCAAAGAAGCUGAACUAUCCAGAAAUAACUUUGUAUUUUGACACCAGCUCGGUGCGCUCUCCCGUACGUGCAGGCCUCCUACAGAAGUACACGAACAUCAUUAACAGGUACCAAACCAGAUACGUAGCGCUUUAUGACGAUUUUCUUUCGUACUACAAGAUAAAGGAAGGGAAGAAAUUUUUGCGCAAGAAACUUUCGCUCAACACGAUACGAGGAAUAAAACUGGGCAGAAGGAGGUUGAUAAUCAGCACAUACGAUGAAAAAAUAGUGUUUACUUCGACUCUGCAGGAUCUCAUGGAGUGGCACAGGGUUAUUGAUGAUUUGAUCAAGAGGAUGAAUGAUCGCGAUUUUUACGUGAACAGCUACGUUUUUAGGAUCCUGUAUUAUCUGUGCGAUAGGGAUGCACGGAGGGAGAUGCGUAAGGUAGACCAUCUCUCACUUUACACCAAAGACAUGGGAAAUGCUCAUACUGCAUCCGUUGAGGAGAAUAACACGGCACAAACCGCCAAUUCUGAGCAAAAAGUGCAAGAAGCUGGGGAAGUGAAUGCAGCACACACAAGUUCGCCUUUAGAGCCCGAAAAGACCGCAAAAUUUGAAGAGUUCGAGUCUGCCACCGAAAACAACAGCAGCGAAACUUUUUAUGACUUUGAAGAAAACGGAGAACUAACGAAUAUAUCACAGUUUAUAGACAGCCAAUGCAGUGAUACCAAGAAGCUUACACUAGCUCAGCUACCAGUUUCUCUAUUAGAACCGCAGAGCACGCUACAAAGAAUGGCUGAAGGUGCUCUUUUGUUCAAAAAUUUAUACGGCAGUGAUGCGCUCUCAAAGCAGCAUGUGGUCAUUUUGGCCGCAGUUUACAUCGUUGGUCUUGUAAAUCUGCAGUUGGACCGGAAAUUUGCCUUUGAAAGUUACGUUGGCGAAACGUUUUUCGCCAAGAGCGCAAACACAAAAGUAUACUGCGAGAAAAUAGAUAAAGUAUCGGUAAUACAUGCAGUAGAUGAUCUUUUUAGGUUAGAUGCUGUUGUGGAUUUGACACUUGAUAAGAAGACCAAGAAAAUUGCAGUGCACAACAGGAGCAGGUGCACGCUCAGAAUGGGUGAUGAUGUAAUCAAUUUUGGCUUGCCCAACGCAAAAAUGAGAAGAAAACUUGAGUUUUACGGCGAGUGCACGGUAGAAAGUAAAGGAGUGACCACCAAGCUGCUCAUUCGUGACAAUAAUGUUACAUGCACCUGCAAGGCAGAUGACAAACGGUGGCAGAUACUUGGCCAUGUGACCAAUAUUUCUGUUUUCUGCAACGAACGGACCGUUGCAAGCUUCAGCUCAGAAGAUUUCAGGAAAAUGAGGGUCUGCGAUUAUGAGGAUGCGCAGGAAUGUGCACAGAGUGAUAGCCGCAUGCGUGCUGAUAUACGGGCAUUGAAGGAGGGGCGUGUUCAAGAGGCUAAUAUGUAUAGACAAAAGUUCAAAGACCAGGCCAAUCUGCGCAAAUCACACGAAAUGAAAUAUUUUGAUUUGGUAGAUAAGAAAUACGUUUUUAAAGAAAGGAAUCAUGGCAAAGAGUCAAAAUGAAUUAUAGAUGACGGUAAAUAAAGUAUAUA